AUGUCUUUCGACGAUUCCGACCAUGAUGACUUCAAUCUCUUCCAAGAUCCGAAAGAUUUUUACAAGCCUGAGCCUGACCCCACAUCUGCUUCCCACACCCAGUUGGAUGGCAAUGUCAUUACUGUCCGUCUCGUAGGGCACAAUCCGCUAUGGGGCCAUCUUCUCUGGAAUGCUGGUCGAACCAUCUCCCUGUACAUCGAGGAGCACGCCAAAGACUUGAUCUCCAAUCGCUCUGUCCUAGAGUUCGGCGCUGCAAGCGGUCUGCCAAGUCUCGUCUGCAUUCUACACGGCGCUUCCCAUGUUGUCGUGACAGACUAUCCCGAUCCGGAUCUGAUUGAGAAUAUACAGAACAACAUUCAUCAAUCCGUUCCUGACAGCCUGCGUUCAAGGAUAUCAGCAGAGGGCUAUUUGUGGGGAAACGAUACCGAAAACAUCCUCUCACACCUCCCCAUAACCACCACAGAACCUGGCUUUGACGUGUUGAUUCUCGCUGAUCUCCUGUUUAACCAUUCCGAGCAUGCGAAGCUACUCAAAUCCGUACAGCAGACCCUUAAGAGGACUGCCAGUGCCACCGCACUUGUGUUCUUCACUCCCUAUCGACCAUGGCUCCUGGAGAAAGACCUGGCCUUCUUUGAUCUUGCUAGAGAAGGCGGCUUCAGCGUCGAGAAGAUCCUCGAGAAGGUCAUGGAUAAAGUCAUGUUUGACGAGGAUCCUGGUGAUGAAUUGCUGCGUCGAACAGUCUAUGGCUACUCACUAACCUGGAAACAUCUUUGA